AUGCUAUGAGACAUUCAAAAUGACUCAAGGAUGUGAAUCUAUCUUUAUAAAUCCUUUCCUCCUCAUUUACAAAUACAGCUGUGUUGAUCAACAGGUGACCUGCUCAGAUUCAGAUUCUAAUGACGAGUGUCAGGCUGCUCUGUGUGAGUGUGACCGAGCAGCGGCUCACUGCUUCAGCAAUAAAACCUACAACCCUCAAAACGAACACCUGUAUUCAAGUUCCCGCUGUGAAAAAACAGCCUUGCAUUAAAGGAGAGACUGAUGAAGUGAUUGUUGGAUUUCAUUAAAAGCUGAUAAAGCCAGAGUUUGUUUGGAGAGCUUUUGUCACAAUGAUCACCCAAACAAUAUUUCUAAUGGGUUUUUAGUUUUAAUCCUUCAAUUAAACUUG